GACUUGAUACAAAUGUAAAGAUUAUUGAACUAUGCAUACAAUUCUGCACAAAAAUUACCAGAAUAGAUACAACCGUCAAACGAAGUCAAAUUUCAACGUUUAUUGAAUUAUUAGAAGUAUGUAAAGAUUUACGAGAAAUCUAUAUCGAUGAUAUGAUUUAUGUAGAUGAAUACACGGCAUUGAUAGGUAAUAAACGUAGAAUUACUUCUGAAGAUGGAAACGAAAUUCUUAUACAACUUGGAAAAGUACUUCCGCGAAAAGUUCAAUCAUUUAUAUUUUAUUUGGAUUGGUGGUUUACACCGAAUUCGUUAGAAUCAUUUUUGAAAAGUUGUGCCGUCAAAGAAUUGAGAACACUCUCCUUUGCCUUAUAUAAAUCUUUUUCUUCUAAGCAUCUGGAGGUUAUACUAAAGUAUUGUUCUGGUACUUUGAGAAAUUUACACCUUAAUACGAAUAAGCAUAUACCUGAUAGAGAUCUAGAAAAAGCUAGAGAUAAUAUUGAGUACAUUAUUUUUGAUGGGGGCGAAUAUAUUGAUGAGUAUAGGUGUUAUGAAGGAUCCGAUAAAGAAUCUUAUGAUGACGAAUUUGACAUACAUUACGGUGAGAAAAUAGAUGAAAUUUAUGAUGACUUUGAAUAUGAAGAAUAUAGCGAUAGUGAUGAAUCUGAUGAUUAUGAUGAUUAA